AUGUCUGACCCCGCAAACGGUGGUGCGGCACCUAUCCCGAUCACAGUCGAGUUCACUGGUGGGCUGGAGAUUCUAUUUGCCAAUGAGCGCAAACACAAGAUCAGUGUUCCUAGGCGCCUAGAUGAUGGAAGUAAUCCGAAUAUCUCAUAUCUGCUGCACUAUCUGGUGGACAAUCUGAUGAAGGACCAAAGAAAGGAAUUGUUUAUCAUGGAAGACAACGUUCGCCCUGGAAUUCUAGUGCUAAUUAACGACGCCGACUGGGAACUUGAAGGCGAGGAAAAGUACGAGUUGCAAGCAGGUGAUAAUAUUGUCUUUGUCUCCACCCUGCAUGGAGGUUAG